AUGCUACUACAAUUAAAUUAUAUUAAUGGACAAUUGAAUGAAUGUGAUAAUUUACAAGCGAAUCAAACAAUUUCACAUAUUAAUUAUGAUACAAAUGAAAUUAACCCUAGUUAUAAUAACAAUCCAUUAGAAAUGGAUAUUGUGAAUAUAAAAGAAAUGGAAUGGAAUGAUCAAAAAUCAAUAACUCGCAGUUGGCCAUUAGAUGUAAUCAAUAAUGAUGAAUGUCAUCAGAUGAAUAUAAACUCUAAUGUAAAUAAUCCAUGCCAAGAAUUAAAACAAAACCAGGAGGAAAAUGAAAAUGAUAUAAAAUAUAAUGAAGAAUCAUAUAAUAGAAUGAACAAAAUCAGAUCAAAUCAAAAUAAGAUAAUGAUGAAUAAAGAAAAAUUCAAUAGAAUAUAUGGAAAUCAAUUUGAUGAAUUAAGCCAAACAGAGUGUAAUCAGCUAGAAAAUGAAAAAAUAUACGACAUACAACAAUUAAAAUGGAAGGUGAGAAAUGAAGAAUACGGUAUAAGCGAUGAAGAAAACAAGAUGAUAAAUUAUGAAAAUUUAUUAGAAAUAAAAGAAAAAAAAAGCGAAUACGAGAUAAAAACCAAAAUUAAGGAAAAUGAAACGGGAAUAGAUAAAACAACAAAAGAAAAUGAAAAGAAAACGGGAAAUAACACAAAAAGAAUAAAAGAAAAUAAACAAAUAAUAUUAAAUGAAAACAGAAAUCAAACAAGAAAUGUCACAAAAAAAUACGCUGAAACAUCAACAAAAUUACAAAAAGUUCCCGUUGUAACUGCAGUCCCACCAGUCUACAAUCAGUCCACCACACAAUCCACAUCGACCACCACUCAAACACCACUCAUUACAACACAAUACGUCCAACCAUCAUCAACAUUACAACCAGUUCCAAUUGUCACGUCCAACAAAUCAAGCGACGCUGAAUAUAGCAUUAAUGGAAUAUUGACGAACACUGAAUCUUCAAUCUAUACAACACAAUACGUCCAACCAUCAUCAACAUUACAACCAGUUCCAGUUGUCACUGCAGUCCCACCAGUCUACAAUCAGUCCACCACACAAUCCACAUCGACCACCACUCAAACACCACUCAUUACAACACAAUACGUCCAACCAUCAUCAACAUUACAACCAGUUCCAAUUGUCACGUCCAACAAAUCAAGCGACGCUGAAUAUAGCAUUAAUGGAAUAUUGACGAACACUGAAUCUUCAAUCUAUACAACACAAUACGUCCAACCAUCAUCAACAUUACAACCAGUUCCAGUUGUCACUGCAGUCCCACCAGUCUACAAUCACGACGCUGAAUAUAGCAUUAAUGGAAUAUUGACGAACACUGAAUCUUCAAUCUAUACAACACAAUACGUCCAACCAUCAUCAACAUUACAACCAGUUCCAGUUGUCACUGCAGUCCCACCAGUCUACAAUCAGUCCACCACACAAUCCACAUCGACCACCACUCAAACACCACUCAUUACAACACAAUACGUCCAACCAUCAUCAACAUUACAACCAGUUCCAAUUGUCACGUCCAACAAAUCAAGCGACGCUGAAUAUAGCAUUAAUGGAAUAUUGACGAACACUGAAUCUUCAAUCUAUACAACACAAUACGUCCAACCAUCAUCAACAUUACAACCAGUUCCAGUUGUCACUGCAGUCCCACCAGUCUACAAUCAGUCCACCACACAAUCCACAUCGACCACCACUCAAACACCACUCAUUACAACACAAUACGUCCAACCAUCAUCAACAUUACAACCAGUUCCAAUUGUCACGUCCAACAAAUCAAGCGACGCUGAAUAUAGCAUUAAUGGAAUAUUGACGAACACUGAAUCUUCAAUCUAUACAACACAAUACGUCCAACCAUCAUCAACAUUACAACCAGUUCCAGUUGUCACUGCAGUCCCACCAGUCUACAAUCAGUCCACCACACAAUCCACAUCGACCACCACUCAAACACCACUCAUUACAACACAAUACGUCCAACCAUCAUCAACAUUACAACCAGUUCCAAUUGUCACGUCCAACAAAUCAAGCGACGCUGAAUAUAGCAUUAAUGGAAUAUUGACGAACACUGAAUCUUCAAUCUAUACAACACAAUACGUCCAACCAUCAUCAACAUUACAACCAGUUCCAGUUGUCACUGCAGUCCCACCAGUCUACAAUCAGUCCACCACACAAUCCACAUCGACCACCACUCAAACACCACUCAUUACAACACAAUACGUCCAACCAUCAUCAACAUUACAACCAGUUCCAAUUGUCACGUCCAACAAAUCAAGCGACGCUGAAUAUAGCAUUAAUGGAAUAUUGACGAACACUGAAUCUUCAAUCUAUACAACACAAUACGUCCAACCAUCAUCAACAUUACAACCAGUUCCAGUUGUCACUGCAGUCCCACCAGUCUACAAUCAGUCCACCACACAAUCCACAUCGACCACCACUCAAACACCACUCAUUACAACACAAUACGUCCAACCAUCAUCAACAUUACAACCAGUUCCAAUUGUCACGUCCAACAAAUCAAGCGACGCUGAAUAUAGCAUUAAUGGAAUAUUGACGAACACUGAAUCUUCAAUCUAUACAACACAAUACGUCCAACCAUCAUCAACAUUACAACCAGUUCCAGUUGUCACUGCAGUCCCACCAGUCUACAAUCAGUCCACCACACAAUCCACAUCGACCACCACUCAAACACCACUCAUUACAACACAAUACGUCCAACCAUCAUCAACAUUACAACCAGUUCCAAUUGUCACGCCCAACAAAUCAAGCGACGCUGAAUAUAGCAUUAAUGGAAUAUUGACGAACACUGAAUCUUCAAUCUAUACAACACAAUACGUCCAACCAUCAUCAACAUUACAACCAGUUCCAGUUGUCACUGCAGUCCCACCAGUCUACAAUCAGUCCACCACACAAUCCACAUCGACCACCACUCAAACACCACUCAUUACAACACAAUACGUCCAACCAUCAUCAACAUUACAACCAGUUCCAAUUGUCACGUCCAACAAAUCAAGCGACGCUGAAUAUAGCAUUAAUGGAAUAUUGACGAACACUGAAUCUUCAAUCUAUACAACACAAUACGUCCAACCAUCAUCAACAUUACAACCAGUUCCAGUUGUCACUGCAGUCCCACCAGUCUACAAUCAGUCCACCACACAAUCCACAUCGACCACCACUCAAACACCACUCAUUACAACACAAUACGUCCAACCAUCAUCAACAUUACAACCAGUUCCAAUUGUCACGUCCAACAAAUCAAGCGACGCUGAAUAUAGCAUUAAUGGAAUAUUGACGAACACUGAAUCUUCAAUCUAUACAACACAAUACGUCCAACCAUCAUCAACAUUACAACCAGUUCCAGUUGUCACUGCAGUCCCACCAGUCUACAAUCAGUCCACCACACAAUCCACAUCGACCACCACUCAAACACCACUCAUUACAACACAAUACGUCCAACCAUCAUCAACAUUACAACCAGUUCCAAUUGUCACGUCCAACAAAUCAAGCGACGCUGAAUAUAGCAUUAAUGGAAUAUUGACGAACACUGAAUCUUCAAUCUAUACAACACAAUACGUCCAACCAUCAUCAACAUUACAACCAGUUCCAGUUGUCACUGCAGUCCCACCAGUCUACAAUCAGUCCACCACACAAUCCACAUCGACCACCACUCAAACACCACUCAUUACAACACAAUACGUCCAACCAUCAUCAACAUUACAACCAGUUCCAAUUGUCACGUCCAACAAAUCAAGCGACGCUGAAUAUAGCAUUAAUGGAAUAUUGACGAACACUGAAUCUUCAAUCUAUACAACACAAUACGUCCAACCAUCAUCAACAUUACAACCAGUUCCAGUUGUCACUGCAGUCCCACCAGUCUACAAUCAGUCCACCACACAAUCCACAUCGACCACCACUCAAACACCACUCAUUACAACACAAUACGUCCAACCAUCAUCAACAUUACAACCAGUUCCAAUUGUCACGUCCAACAAAUCAAGCGACGCUGAAUAUAGCAUUAAUGGAAUAUUGACGAACACUGAAUCUUCAAUCUAUACAACACAAUACGUCCAACCAUCAUCAACAUUACAACCAGUUCCAGUUGUCACUGCAGUCCCACCAGUCUACAAUCAGUCCACCACACAAUCCACAUCGACCACCACUCAAACACCACUCAUUACAACACAAUACGUCCAACCAUCAUCAACAUUACAACCAGUUCCAAUUGUCACGUCCAACAAAUCAAGCGACGCUGAAUAUAGCAUUAAUGGAAUAUUGACGAACACUGAAUCUUCAAUCUAUACAACACACAAUCCACAUCGAGUUCCAGUUGUCACUGCAGUCCCACCAGUCUACAAUCAGUCCACCACACAAUCCACAUCGACCACCACUCAAACACCACUCAUUACAACACAAUACGUCCAACCAUCAUCAACAUUACAACCAGUUCCAAUUGUCACGUCCAACAAAUCAAGCGACGCUGAAUAUAGCAUUAAUGGAAUAUUGACGAACACUGAAUCUUCAAUCUAUACAACACAAUACGUCCAACCAUCAUCAACAUUACAACCAGUUCCAGUUGUCACUGCAGUCCCACCAGUCUACAAUCAGUCCACCACACAAUCCACAUCGACCACCACUCAAACACCACUCAUUACAACACAAUACGUCCAACCAUCAUCAACAUUACAACCAGUUCCAAUUGUCACGUCCAACAAAUCAAGCGACGCUGAAUAUAGCAUUAAUGGAAUAUUGACGAACACUGAAUCUUCAAUCUAUACAACACAAUACGUCCAACCAUCAUCAACAUUACAACCAGUUCCAGUUGUCACUGCAGUCCCACCAGUCUACAAUCAGUCCACCACACAAUCCACAUCGACCACCACUCAAACACCACUCAUUACAACACAAUACGUCCAACCAUCAUCAACAUUACAACCAGUUCCAAUUGUCACGUCCAACAAAUCAAGCGACGCUGAAUAUAGCAUUAAUGGAAUAUUGACGAACACUGAAUCUUCAAUCUAUACAACACAAUACGUCCAACCAUCAUCAACAUUACAACCAGUUCCAGUUGUCACUGCAGUCCCACCAGUCUACAAUCAGUCCACCACACAAUCCACAUCGACCACCACUCAAACACCACUCAUUACAACACAAUACGUCCAACCAUCAUCAACAUUACAACCAGUUCCAAUUGUCACGUCCAACAAAUCAAGCGACGCUGAAUAUAGCAUUAAUGGAAUAUUGACGAACACUGAAUCUUCAAUCUAUACAACACAAUACGUCCAACCAUCAUCAACAUUACAACCAGUUCCAAUUGUCACUGCAGUCCCACCAGUCUACAAUCAGUCCACCACACAAUCCACAUCGACCACCACUCAAACACCACUCAUUACAACACAAUACGUCCAACCAUCAUCAACAUUACAACCAGUUCCAAUUGUCACGUCCAACAAAUCAAGCGACGCUGAAUAUAGCAUUAAUGGAAUAUUGACGAACACUGAAUCUUCAAUCUAUACAACACAAUACGUCCAACCAUCAUCAACAUUACAACCAGUUCCAGUUGUCACUGCAGUCCCACCAGUCUACAAUCAGUCCACCACACAAUCCACAUCGACCACCACUCAAACACCACUCAUUACAACACAAUACGUCCAACCAUCAUCAACAUUACAACCAGUUCCAAUUGUCACGUCCAACAAAUCAAGCGACGCUGAAUAUAGCAUUAAUGGAAUAUUGACGAACACUGAAUCUUCAAUCUAUACAACACAAUACGUCCAACCAUCAUCAACAUUACAACCAGUUCCAGUUGUCACUGCAGUCCCACCAGUCUACAAUCAGUCCACCACACAAUCCACAUCGACCACCACUCAAACACCACUCAUUACAACACAAUACGUCCAACCAUCAUCAACAUUACAACCAGUUCCAAUUGUCACGUCCAACAAAUCAAGCGACGCUGAAUAUAGCAUUAAUGGAAUAUUGACGAACACUGAAUCUUCAAUCUAUACAACACAAUACGUCCAACCAUCAUCAACAUUACAACCAGUUCCAGUUGUCACUGCAGUCCCACCAGUCUACAAUCAGUCCACCACACAAUCCACAUCGACCACCACUCAAACACCACUCAUUACAACACAAUACGUCCAACCAUCAUCAACAUUACAACCAGUUCCAAUUGUCACGUCCAACAAAUCAAGCGACGCUGAAUAUAGCAUUAAUGGAAUAUUGACGAACACUGAAUCUUCAAUCUAUACAACACAAUACGUCCAACCAUCAUCAACAUUACAACCAGUUCCAGUUGUCACUGCAGUCCCACCAGUCUACAAUCAGUCCACCACACAAUCCACAUCGACCACCACUCAAACACCACUCAUUACAACACAAUACGUCCAACCAUCAUCAACAUUACAACCAGUUCCAAUUGUCACGUCCAACAAAUCAAGCGACGCUGAAUAUAGCAUUAAUGGAAUAUUGACGAACACUGAAUCUUCAAUCUAUACAACACAAUACGUCCAACCAUCAUCAACAUUACAACCAGUUCCAGUUGUCACUGCAGUCCCACCAGUCUACAAUCAGUCCACCACACAAUCCACAUCGACCACCACUCAAACACCACUCAUUACAACACAAUACGUCCAACCAUCAUCAACAUUACAACCAGUUCCAAUUGUCACGUCCAACAAAUCAAGCGACGCUGAAUAUAGCAUUAAUGGAAUAUUGACGAACACUGAAUCUUCAAUCUAUACAACACAAUACGUCCAACCAUCAUCAACAUUACAACCAGUUCCAGUUGUCACUGCAGUCCCACCAGUCUACAAUCAGUCCACCACACAAUCCACAUCGACCACCACUCAAACACCACUCAUUACAACACAAUACGUCCAACCAUCAUCAACAUUACAACCAGUUCCAAUUGUCACGUCCAACAAAUCAAGCGACGCUGAAUAUAGCAUUAAUGGAAUAUUGACUAACACUGAAUCUUCAAUCUAUACAACACAAUACGUCCAACCAUCAUCAACAUUACAACCAGUUCCAGUUGUCACUGCAGUCCCACCAGUCUACAAUCAGUCCACCACACAAUCCACAUCGACCACCACUCAAACACCACUCAUUACAACACAAUACGUCCAACCAUCAUCAACAUUACAACCAGUUCCAAUUGUCACGUCCAACAAAUCAAGCGACGCUGAAUAUAGCAUUAAUGGAAUAUUGACGAACACUGAAUCUUCAAUCUAUACAACACAAUACGUCCAACCAUCAUCAACAUUACAACCAGUUCCAGUUGUCACUGCAGUCCCACCAGUCUACAAUCAGUCCACCACACAAUCCACAUCGACCACCACUCAAACACCACUCAUUACAACACAAUACGUCCAACCAUCAUCAACAUUACAACCAGUUCCAAUUGUCACGUCCAACAAAUCAAGCGACGCUGAAUAUAGCAUUAAUGGAAUAUUGACGAACACUGAAUCUUCAAUCUAUACAACACAAUACGUCCAACCAUCAUCAACAUUACAACCAGUUCCAAUUGUCACUGCAGUCCCACCAGUCUACAAUCAGUCCACCACACAAUCCACAUCGACCACCACUCAAACACCACUCAUUACAACACAAUACGUCCAACCAUCAUCAACAUUACAACCAGUUCCAAUUGUCACGUCCAACAAAUCAAGCGACGCUGAAUAUAGCAUUAAUGGAAUAUUGACGAACACUGAAUCUUCAAUCUAUACAACACAAUACGUCCAACCAUCAUCAACAUUACAACCAGUUCCAGUUGUCACUGCAGUCCCACCAGUCUACAAUCAGUCCACCACACAAUCCACAUCGACCACCACUCAAACACCACUCAUUACAACACAAUACGUCCAACCAUCAUCAACAUUACAACCAGUUCCAAUUGUCACGUCCAACAAAUCAAGCGACGCUGAAUAUAGCAUUAAUGGAAUAUUGACGAACACUGAAUCUUCAAUCUAUACAACACAAUACGUCCAACCAUCAUCAACAUUACAACCAGUUCCAGUUGUCACUGCAGUCCCACCAGUCUACAAUCAGUCCACCACACAAUCCACAUCGACCACCACUCAAACACCACUCAUUACAACACAAUACGUCCAACCAUCAUCAACAUUACAACCAGUUCCAAUUGUCACGUCCAACAAAUCAAGCGACGCUGAAUAUAGCAUUAAUGGAAUAUUGACGAACACUGAAUCUUCAAUCUAUACAACACAAUACGUCCAACCAUCAUCAACAUUACAACCAGUUCCAGUUGUCACUGCAGUCCCACCAGUCUACAAUCAGUCCACCACACAAUCCACAUCGACCACCACUCAAACACCACUCAUUACAACACAAUACGUCCAACCAUCAUCAACAUUACAACCAGUUCCAAUUGUCACGUCCAACAAAUCAAGCGACGCUGAAUAUAGCAUUAAUGGAAUAUUGACGAACACUGAAUCUUCAAUCUAUACAACACAAUACUUGUCACUGCAGUCCCACCAGUCUACAAUCAGUCCACCACACAAUCCACAUCGACCACCACUCAAACACCACUCAUUACAACACAAUACGUCCAACCAUCAUCAACAUUACAACCAGUUCCAAUUGUCACGUCAACCAAAUCAAGCGACGCUGAAUAAUAGCAUUAAUGGAAUAUUGACGAACACUGAAUCUUCAAUCUAUACAACACAAUACGUCCAACCAUCAUCAACAUUACAACCAGUUCCAGUUGUCACUGCAGUCCCACCAGUCUACAAUCAGUCCACCACACAAUCCACAUCGACCACCACUCAAACACCACUCAUUACAACACAAUACGUCCAACCAUCAUCAACAUUACAACCAGUUCCAAUUGUCACGUCCAACAAAUCAAGCGACGCUGAAUAUAGCAUUAAUGGAAUAUUGACGAACACUGAAUCUUCAAUCUAUACAACACAAUCGUCCAACCAUCAUCACAUUACAACCAGUUCCAGUUUUCCAGUUGUCACUGCAGUCCCACCAGUCUACAAUCAGUCCACCACACAAUCCACAUCGACCACCACUCAAACACCACUCAUUACAACACAAUACGUCCAACCAUCAUCAACAUUACAACCAGUUCCAAUUGUCACGCCCAACAAAUCAAGCGACGCUGAAUAUAGCAUUAAUGGAAUAUUGACGAACACUGAAUCUUCAAUCUAUACAACACAAUACGUCCAACCAUCAUCAACAUUACAACCAGUUCCAGUUGUCACUGCAGUCCCACCAGUCUACAAUCAGUCCACCACACAAUCCACAUCGACCACCACUCAAACACCACUCAUUACAACACAAUACGUCCAACCAUCAUCAACAUUACAACCAGUUCCAAUUGUCACGUCCAACAAAUCAAGCGACGCUGAAUAUAGCAUUAAUGGAAUAUUGACGAACACUGAAUCUUCAAUCUAUACAACACAAUACGUCCAACCAUCAUCAACAUUACAACCAGUUCCAGUUGUCACUGCAGUCCCACCAGUCUACAAUCAGUCCACCACACAAUCCACAUCGGACCACCACUCAAACACCACUCAUUACAACACAAUACUUCCAGUUGUCACUGCAGUCCCACCAGUCUACAAUCAGUCCACCACACAAUCCACAUCGACCACCACUCAAACACCACUCAUUACAACACAAUACGUCCAACCAUCAUCAACAUUACAACCAGUUCCAAUUGUCACGUCCAACAAAUCAAGCGACGCUGAUUAUAGCAUUAAUGGAAUAUUGACGAACACUGAAUCUUCAAUCUAUACAACACAAUACGUCCAACCAUCAUCAACAUUACAACCAGUUCCAGUUGUCACUGCAGUCCCACCAGUCUACAAUCAGUCCACCACACAAUCCACAUCGACCACCACUCAAACACCACUCAUUACAACACAAUACGUCCAACCAUCAUCAACAUUACAACCAGUUCCAGUUGUCACGUCCAACAAAUCAAGCGACGCUGAAUAUAGCAUUAAUGGAAUAUUGACGAACACUGAAUCUUCAAUCUAUACAACACAAUACGUCCAACCAUCAUCAACAUUACAACCAGUUCCAGUUGUCACUGCAGUCCCACCAGUCUACAAUCAGUCCACCACACAAUCCACAUCGACCACCACUCAAACACCACUCAUUACAACACAAUACGUCCAACCAUCAUCAACAUUACAACCAGUUCCAAUUGUCACGUCCAACAAAUCAAGCGACGCUGAAUAUAGCAUUAAUGGAAUAUUGACGAACACUGAAUCUUCAAUCUAUACAACACAAUACGUCCAACCAUCAUCAACAUUACAACCAGUUCCAGUUGUCACUGCAGUCCCACCAGUCUACAAUCAGUCCACCACACAAUCCACAUCGACCACCACUCAAACACCACUCAUUACAACACAAUACGUCCAACCAUCAUCAACAUUACAACCAGUUCCAGUUGUCACGUCCAACAAAUCAAGCGACGCUGAAUAUAGCAUUAAUGGAAUAUUGACGAACACUGAAUCUUCAAUCUAUACAACACAAUACGUCCAACCAUCAUCAACAUUACAACCAGUUCCAGUUGUCACUGCAGUCCCACCAGUCUACAAUCACGACGCUGAAUAUAGCAUUAAUGGAAUAUUGACGAACACUGAAUCUUCAAUCUAUACAACACAAUACGUCCAACCAUCAUCAACAUUACAACCAGUUCCAAUUGUCACUGCAGUCCCACCAGUCUACAAUCAGUCCACCACACAACCCACAUCGACCACCACUCAAACACCACUCAUUACAACACAAUACGUCCAACCAUCAUCAACAUUACAACCAGUUCCAAUUGUCACGUCCAACAAAUCAAGCGACGCUGAAUAUAGCAUUAAUGGAAUAUUGACGAACACUGAAUCUUCAAUCUAUACAACACAAUACGUCCAACCAUCAUCAACAUUACAACCAGUUCCAGUUGUCACUGCAGUCCCACCAGUCUACAAUCAGUCCACCACACAAUCCACAUCGACCACCACUCAAACACCACUCAUUACAACACAAUACGUCCAACCAUCAUCAACAUUACAACCAGUUCCAAUUGUCACGUCCAACAAAUCAAGCGACGCUGAAUAUAGCAUUAAUGGAAUAUUGACGAACACUGAAUCUUCAAUCUAUACAACACAAUACGUCCAACCAUCAUCAACAUUACAACCAGUUCCAGUUUUUCCAGUUGUCACUGCAGUCCCACCAGUCUACAAUCAGUCCACCACACAAUCCACAUCGACCACCACUCAAACACCACUCAUUACAACACAAUACGUCCAACCAUCAUCAACAUUACAACCAGUUCCAGUUGUCACGUCCAACAAAUCAAGCGACGCUGAAUAUAGCAUUAAUGGAAUAUUGACGAACACUGAAUCUUCAAUCUAUACAACACAAUACGUCCAACCAUCAUCAACAUUACAACCAGUUCCAGUUGUCACUGCAGUCCCACCAGUCUACAAUCAGUCCACCACACAAUCCACAUCGACCACCACUCAAACACCACUCAUUACAACACAAUACGUCCAACCAUCAUCAACAUUACAACCAGUUCCAAUUGUCACGUCCAACAAAUCAAGCGACGCUGAAUAUAGCAUUAAUGGAAUAUUGACGAACACUGAAUCUUCAAUCUAUACAACACAAUACGUCCAACCAUCAUCAACAUUACAACCAGUUCCAGUUGUCACUGCAGUCCCACCAGUCUACAAUCAGUCCACCACACAAUCCACAUCGACCACCACUCAAACACCACUCAUUACAACACAAUACGUCCAACCAUCAUCAACAUUACAACCAGUUCCAAUUGUCACGUCCAACAAAUCAAGCGACGCUGAAUAUAGCAUUAAUGGAAUAUUGACGAACACUGAAUCUUCAAUCUAUACAACACAAUACGUCCAACCAUCAUCAACAUUACAACCAGUUCCAGUUGUCACUGCAGUCCCACCAGUCUACAAUCAGUCCACCACACAAUCCACAUCGACCACCACUCAAACACCACUCAUUACAACACAAUACGUCCAACCAUCAUCAACAUUACAACCAGUUCCAAUUGUCACGUCCAACAAAUCAAGCGACGCUGAAUAUAGCAUUAAUGGAAUAUUGACGAACACUGAAUCUUCAAUCUAUACAACACAAUACGUCCAACCAUCAUCAACAUUACAACCAGUUCCAGUUGUCACUGCAGUCCCACCAGUCUACAAUCAGUCCACCACACAAUCCACAUCGACCACCACUCAAACACCACUCAUUACAACACAAUACGUCCAACCAUCAUCAACAUUACAACCAGUUCCAAUUGUCACGUCCAACAAAUCAAGCGACGCUGAAUAUAGCAUUAAUGGAAUAUUGACGAACACUGAAUCUUCAAUCUAUACAACACAAUACGUCCAACCAUCAUCAACAUUACAACCAGUUCCAGUUGUCACUGCAGUCCCACCAGUCUACAAUCAGUCCACCACACAAUCCACAUCGACCACCACUCAAACACCACUCAUUACAACACAAUACGUCCAACCAUCAUCAACAUUACAACCAGUUCCAAUUUUCCAGUUGUCCACUGCAGUCCCACCAGUCUACAAUCAGUCCACCACACAAUCCACAUCGACCACCACUCAAACACCACUCAUUACAACACAAUACGUCCAACCAUCAUCAACAUUACAACCAGUUCCAAUUGUCACGUCAACAAAUCAAGCGACGCUUGAAUAUAGCAUUAAUGGAAUAUUGACGAACACUGAAUCUUCAAUCUAUACAACACAAUACGUCCAACCAUCAUCAACAUUACAACCAGUUCCAGUUGUCACUGCAGUCCCACCAGUCUACAAUCAGUCCACCACACAAUCCACAUCGACCACCACUCAAACACCACUCAUUACAACACAAUACGUCCAACCAUCAUCAACAUUACAACCAGUUCCAAUUGUCACGUCCAACAAAUCAAGCGACGCUGAAUAUAGCAUUAAUGGAAUAUUGACGAACACUGAAUCUUCAAUCUAUACAACACAAUACGUCCAACCAUCAUCACAUUACAACCAGUUCCAGUUGUCACGGCAGUCCCACCAGUCUACAAUCAGUCCACCACACAAUCCACAUCGACCACCACUCAAACACCACUCAUUACAACACAAUUACGUCCAACCAUCAUCAACAUUACAACCAGUUCCAAUUGUCACGUCCAACAAAUCAAGCGACGCUGAAUAUAGCAUUAAUGGAAUAUUGACGAACACUGAAUCUUCAAUCUAUACAACACAAUUACGUCCAACCAUCAUCAACAUUACAACCAGUUCCAGUUGUCACUGCAGUCCCACCAGUCUACAUCAGUCCACCACACAAUCCACAUCGACCACCACUCAAACACCACUCAUUACAACACAAUACGUCCAACCAUCAUCAACAUUACAACCAGUUCCAAUUGUCACGUCCAACAAAUCAAGCGACGCUGAAUAUAGCAUUAAUGGAAUAUUGACGAACACUGAAUCUUCAAUCUAUACAACACAAUACGUCCAACCAUCAUCAACAUUACAACCAGUUCCAGUUGUCACUGCAGUCCCACCAGUCUACAAUCAGUCCACCACACAACCCACAUCGACCACCACUCAAACACCACUCAUUACAACACAAUACGUCCAACCAUCAUCAACAUUACAACCAGUUCCAAUUGUCACGUCCAACAAAUCAAGCGACGCUGAAUAUAGCAUUAAUGGAAUAUUGACGAACACUGAAUCUUCAAUCUAUACAACACAAUACGUCCAACCAUCAUCAACAUUACAACCAGUUCCAGUUGUCACUGCAGUCCCACCAGUCUACAAUCAGUCCACCACACAAUCCACAUCGACCACCACUCAAACACCACUCAUUACAACACAAUACGUCCAACCAUCAUCAACAUUACAACCAGUUCCAAUUGUCACGUCCAACAAAUCAAGCGACGCUGAAUAUAGCAUUAAUGGAAUAUUGACGAACACUGAAUCUUCAAUCUAUACAACACAAUACGUCCAACCAUCAUCAACAUUACAACCAGUUCCAAUUGUCACUGCAGUCCCACCAGUCUACAAUCAGUCCACCACACAAUCCACAUCGACCACCACUCAAACACCACUCAUUACAACACAAUACGUCCAACCAUCAUCAACAUUACAACCAGUUCCAAUUGUCACGUCCAACAAAUCAAGCGACGCUGAAUAUAGCAUUAAUGGAAUAUUGACGAACACUCAAUCUUCAAUCUAUACAACACAAUACGUCCAACCAUCAUCAACAUUACAACCAGUUCCAAUUGUCACUGCAGUCCCACCAGUCUACAAUCAGUCCACCACACAAUCCACAUCGACCACCACUCAAACACCACUCAUUACAACACAAUACGUCCAACCAUCAUCAACAUUACAACCAGUUCCAAUUGUCACGUCCAACAAAUCAAGCGACGCUGAAUAUAGCAUUAAUGGAAUAUUGACGAACACUGAAUCUUCAAUCUAUACAACACAAUACGUCCAACCAUCAUCAACAUUACAACCAGUUCCAGUUGUCACUGCAGUCCCACCAGUCUACAAUCAGUCCACCACACAAUCCACAUCGACCACCACUCAAACACCACUCAUUACAACACAAUACGUCCAACCAUCAUCAACAUUACAACCAGUUCCAAUUGUCACGUCCAACAAAUCAAGCGACGCUGAAUAUAGCAUUAAUGGAAUAUUGACGAACACUGAAUCUUCAAUCUAUACAACACAAUACGUCCAACCAUCAUCAACAUUACAACCAGUUCCAGUUGUCACUGCAGUCCACCAGUCUACAAUCAGUCCACCACACAAUCCACAUCGACCACCACUCAAACACCACUCAUUACAACACAAUACCGACGCUGAAUAUAGCAUUAAUGGAAUAUUGACGAACACUGAAUCUUCAAUCUAUACAACACAAUACGUCCAACCAUCAUCAACAUUACAACCAGUUCCAGUUGUCACUGCAGUCCCACCAGUCUACAAUCAGUCCACCACACAAUCCACAUCGACCACCACUCAAACACCACUCAUUACAACACAAUACGUCCAACCAUCAUCAACAUUACAACCAGUUCCAAUUGUCACGUCCAACAAAUCAAGCGACGCUGAAUAUAGCAUUAAUGGAAUAUUGACGAACACUGAAUCUUCAAUCUAUACAACACAAUACGUCCAACCAUCAUCAACAUUACAACCAGUUCCAGUUGUCACUGCAGUCCCACCAGUCUACAAUCAGUCCACCACACAAUCCACAUCGACCACCACUCAAACACCACUCAUUACAACACAAUACGUCCAACCAUCAUCAACAUUACAACCAGUUCCAAUUGUCACGUCCAACAAAUCAAGCGACGCUGAAUAUAGCAUUAAUGGAAUAUUGACGAACACUGAAUCUCAAUCUAUACAACACAAUACGUCCAACCAUCAUCAACAUUACAACCAGUUCCAGUUCGACGCUGAAUAUAGCAUUAAUGGAAUAUUGACGAACACUGAAUCUUCAAUCUAUACAACACAAUACGUCCAACCAUCAUCAACAUUACAACCAGUUCCAAUUGUCACUGCAGUCCCACCAGUCUACAAUCAGUCCACCACACAAUCCACAUCGACCACCACUCAAACACCACUCAUUACAACACAAUACGUCCAACCAUCAUCAACAUUACAACCAGUUCCAAUUGUCACGUCCAACAAAUCAAGCGACGCUGAAUAUAGCAUUAAUGGAAUAUUGACGAACACUGAAUCUUCAAUCUAUACAACACAAUACGUCCAACCAUCAUCAACAUUACAACCAGUUCCAGUUGUCACUGCAGUCCCACCAGUCUACAAUCAGUCCACCACACAAUCCACAUCGACCACCACUCAAACACCACUCAUUACAACACAAUACGUCCAACCAUCAUCAACAUUACAACCAGUUCCAAUUGUCACGUCCAACAAAUCAAGCGACGCUGAAUAUAGCAUUAAUGGAAUAUUGACGAACACUGAAUCUUCAAUCUAUACAACACAAUACGUCCAACCAUCAUCAACAUUACAACCAGUUCCAGUUUCCACCACACAAUCCACAUCGACCACCACUCAAACACCACUCAUUACAACACAAUACGUCCAACCAUCAUCAACAUUACAACCAGUUCCAAUUGUCACGUCCAACAAAUCAAGCGACGCUGAAUAUAGCAUUAAUGGAAUAUUGACGAACACUGAAUCUUCAAUCUAUACAACACAAUACGUCCAACCAUCAUCAACAUUACAACCAGUUCCAGUUGUCACUGCAGUCCCACCAGUCUACAAUCAGUCCACCACACAAUCCACAUCGACCACCACUCAAACACCACUCAUUACAACACAAUACGUCCAACCAUCAUCAACAUUCCAACCUUUUCCUUUCGUUAGUUCUCUCCCACUCAGCUCUAAUCAAGCUACCUCAAUAUUGUUUUCUUCUGAUUUUUAUUCAGAUGAUGAAUUUUCUUAUGAUUCAUCUCCGGAUGUUUUUUCAUCAAAUGAUGAUCUUUUUAUUGUUCCAAAUAUUUCUGAUUUUGGUUUGCUUACUCCUGAUAUUGAUUUUCCUAAUUUCAAGUAUGAUACUUCAUUUAAUCCCGUUUCUUUUGAUUCUCAAUUUGAUUAUUUUUUAUCUUCUAGAUUACCUGUUUUUGGCAAUUCAUAUGAUGAUAAUUACAACAAUUGUCAUCCUAUUCACGAGAAUGACUGUCAUUCAUUGAAGAAUUAUAUUCCUUUCUAUGAUUAUAACAAAAUAAUAAUAUUGAGAUUAUUUAAAUGUUGUCAACAUCUUUAUUCAUGUAAUACGGAAAAUUGUCAUAACAAUGUUUUUGUGAAACAAUUAUGUGAUAAAUAUUUUCAAUAUUAA